GGGGGCGUAACUACGGCCCGUGCUGUCACUGUCGCGGCGGACCCCGGGCGAUCCCCGGCCAGCUGUGUUGCGGGGCUACGCGCCGGCGAUCGGAGCGGGCAGCUAGCUCAUGAGUCAUGGACUUCCCCUGGCCCCUCCUCGACCACUCCCACUCCCUCUCAAGGCCCCCCCGUAGGGGCUAACGCGGGCGCGGCGGCUCCGAGGGGGUGGGGCUGCUGGGAAUGGCUGUGCCCCCUUCAGCUCCAGUGCGGUGCUCGCCCUUUUACCUGCGGAAGCAGGCGCUCUGCCCGCAGUGCUCAUGGGGCAUGGAGGAGAAGGCGGCGGCCAGCGUUGGCUGCUGGGAGCCACCAGAGCCCCCGAGGGCCGCCGUCCCGUGCUUCGGCGUCACGGUGGAUCAGGACGACAUCCUCCCCGGUGCCCUGUGCCUCAUCCGGGAGCUGCGACCGCACUGGAAGCCCGAGCAAGUUCGGACCAAGCGCUUCAAAGAUGGCAUCACCAACAAGCUAGUGGCCUGCUAUGUGGAGGAGGACAUGCGGGACUGUGUCCUGGUCCGGGUGUAUGGGGAGCGGACAGAGUUGCUGGUGGACCGGGAGAAUGAGGUCAGGAACUUCCAGCUGCUGCGAGCACAUGGCUGUGCCCCCAAACUCUACUGCACCUUUCAGAACGGGCUGUGCUAUGAGUACAUGCAGGGUGUGGCCCUGGGACCGGAGCACAUCAGAGAACCCAAGCUCUUCAGGUUAAUCGCCUUAGAAAUGGCAAAGAUUCACACCAUCCACGCCAAUGGCAGCUUGCCUAAGCCCACCCUCUGGCAUAAGAUGCAUCAUUAUUUCACGCUGGUCAAGGAUGAGAUCAAUCCCAGCCUUUCUGCAGACGUCCCUAAGGUGGAGGUGUUGGGACAGGAGCUGGCCUGGCUGAAGGAACACCUGUCCCAACUGGAGUCCCCUGUGGUGUUUUGUCACAACGACCUGCUCUGCAAGAAUAUCAUCUAUGACGGCACCAAAGGCCACGUGCGGUUCAUCGACUAUGAAUAUGCAGGAUACAACUACCAGGCUUUCGACAUUGGCAACCACUUCAAUGAGUUUGCAGGUGUGAAUGAGGUUGAUUACUGCCGGUACCCAGAUCGGGAGAUCCAGCUACAGUGGCUGCGCUACUAUCUUGAGGCACAAAAGGGGUCGGCUCCAACCCCCAGGGAGGUAGAGCGCCUUUAUGCACAAGUCAACAGAUUUGCUCUGGCCUCCCACUUCUUCUGGGCACUCUGGGCACUCAUACAGAACCAGUACUCCACCAUCAAUUUUGACUUCCUCAGGUAUGCGGUGAUCCGAUUCAGCCAGUACUUUAAAGUGAAGCCUCAGGUGUUGGCCUUGGAGAUGCCAAAGUGACCAGCCUCCUGCUCCUCCGUGUGCUUCUGAUGCCAGACCUGUUCUCCAGGGUACCCUCCUGCAUUGCGAUGGGCACCCUUGGGGAAUGUGGGCAGCCAUGGUAAAGGCUCCCCGGUGGAUGCCAAUGAAGACUUCAUUUCCCUGUUUGGAGGGGCUGAAACCCAGCAUUGGGGUGGGGGCUCCUCUUCACCCUGACACGCUUGGAGAGGAAGUGCCUGCAGGUGGCUGGGGCCUGGGCUGUCACCCUUUGAGAGCACACCAUUGCCAGCUCAGGCCUGCUGCAGCUUGGGCUGCCUCAGUUUGCCCUUGACCCUUCCUAGCAGGGGAAGGGAAGGGCUCAUUUCUACCUCUGGUGCCCCAGCCUCCAGCUGAGCUGUAUCCGCCCUAGGUGAGAGGUGCUGAGCCCCAAGCCAGCAGGAAGCUAGCUCUGCUUGUCACCUUGGGGACAGAGCUCCCAGCUAGGCCUGUCAGCUCUGCCAGCAGCUGCCUCAUCUGAGCUGCGAACUUCUCCAAGCCAGAUGCCACCCAGUCACCCCUUCCCCAGCUCCCCUGUGCUUCUGCUAGGCCCCAGCAGAGGAGAGGGAACCGCAGACCUGGAGUAGGUUUGGUCUUGGAUCAGGUGGUGGCAGGCACCAGAGCCAGCAGCAGCCUCUGCUUCUCUCCCUCCAAGGAUCUGUCCUUUGUCUUCUCUGCAUAUAGCUGAGGAAGUCUUCCCAUUUGGGAAAGAGCAGUGGAGGCAAGGGGGGCAUGGCCAGAUACCCAAAGUGUUAGCAGCUGUCUCGGCCUCCCAGUCCUUACAGUUCCUGGGGUGGGGGGGACCUGCUAUAGGCCCCCACUGUGAUUCAUUUGUAAAUUGUUUCUCUGCAUUAAAAUGUUCCUGGAAUGCGGUCUCCAAAGGACAGUGGCUUGGAGUGUGCCUGUUAUAGGUGUGGAGGAGCUGGGUCAGGUACAGUUUUCUUCCCGCUGUGCUUGAGUUAAGGCACCUCUGAUGCCAUCCUUGCCCCAGCAUCCUGCAGACCUGGGCAGGGCUGAUGCUGUCGUCCACAGCCUCUGCACUUCUAACAUCCUGCUUACAGGGCCGCCGACAUGCAGACUCCAAGAACUUACGCCAAUCAAGGGAAGGGCCUGCGGAACCCGGAAGAGAAACCCUCAGCCUUCCCUCCACAGUCUGCUCUGGCCCUCAGCUAUCGGGGUCGGGGAGAGCCACUCUGCCUGGCAGCAGGCAAGGUGAUUUUUGAAACCAGCCUCCUCAGGAGGCCAGAGCAGAAGUGCCAAGUGAGAACACCCCAACUGUCUUGACCAGGAGCAGCUGGCCGGAGCGGGGGUGGGGAAGAGUCUGGUUGUUUGGCAUUUGCCUGCAAAUGCACCAGGCGUCAUGGCAACAGCUUUAGUAGACACUGGCAGCUAGGGCCUUCAAGGUCACAUGCUCCAGUGGAGGUAGGCCCUCCGGAGUGUGCUGAUGGAGGGCCUGGAGGAAAAGACGUGCCCGGGCAUACAGAUGGUGACAGAGCUGGGAAGGAGGGGUCCCCAAGGUCACCUGUAGACUGGGGGGUGGAGGGGGCAGGGCCAUGGGCAUAAUUACAUAGCAAUGCCCACCUUAUUUCCAGUCACCCUGGAACCAGGGGCAGAAUUGUCCCUAUUGCAGUCAGUCACGCACAGCCUCCUAGGGUCUCUGUGGUCUCACCCUGUGGACAAAUCUGCUGCUGGGGUGGGCAGGAGGAGGAGGAGGGCUCUGGGCUCCUUCCCCACAAAGCCUGAGACCCACUUCUCUCCUGUCAUCCUAGGCAGGAGCUCCAGGCCAAGGCCAUCUUCCCAGGUCUGACCUUUGGCCUGUGGAGAGGGGGCCAGAUGAGCUUGUGGCUAGCUUUCCAGGCAGCGCCCAGAACACACUGUCCCUGUUUGUGCCCACCUGAUCAUGCCCUGCUUCUCACAGGAAGGGGUGAGGUUCCAGUUGGCCAGAGGACUUAGGCGGUAAUGGCGCAGCAGCUGGAUGAGGUCUGUGGACAAAGGUGCCUGGAAUACCUUUGGCAGCCAGGGCCCAAGCCCUCCAGGCUGCAGAGGACCAGCCACAGGGUAACAAGGGGGACUCGGGACUAGAAGGAGUCCCAGCGAGAUUACAAGAUCUAGUUUUGACCAAAGUGGGAGUUUGGAGUGUAGUUAGGGGUUUGAGCCACACUCCCCCCAGUGGCCACUUAAAUGGGCCAGGCAGCAGCCAAAGAAGUUUCCAGAACCCUGGGCUGGUCUCUUGUUGUUGGCCCCUGCCUCAGGGCUGGGCAGGACGCCAAGGUAUGAGGAUAGGGAGGAAAAGCAGCCAGAGCUCUGAAGGACAGGGCCAGGAAUCAGGACACCCCGAUUCACUGCCUCUAGCUCUUGGCAGUGUGUGGUCUUAAUCCCACCAUGCCUACUGUCUCACCAGCACAUAAAAAUAAUAACCCCCUCCCCAGUGCCAAGUCGGAACCAUUAGUUCCUGGGUUCUGAAGCUCCCUCUCUUCUGAACGUCUUUAGUGAAGUGUGUGUGUCCGUAUAUGUAGCCAAAAUAGUGAUCUUUGAGACUAUCAGCUCAGGAUUAAUCUCACAAUACGUACCUAUCCUUGCUACCCAGAAACUGAACACUCUCCUCCCUCCUGCCCCGUUUGUGGACUGGAUGAUCCUGGCCCCUUUUGACCAUCCCUCUAAGGAUAUACCUACCAGGAUCUUUUUAUUCUCACAGGCUGAUUCUGGGCCCUUCCAGAUGAUAAAGAGGGGGUUUGGACUAGACUGAUACACUUUGGACUAAGCCUGUGUAGAAUAUACACUGCCCCAUAGCCUCCCCCUCAUUGAGGACAUAACCCUGUUCAUCUGGCCCAUUUCUUUCAUAAGAGAUGCUAUUCAGUUUUGCAACCCCCCCCCCCAAUACCAUGAUGAUGGUAUUAAUUCAACCAAGACCCGUCUUAUAGAAUCCCAUUAAUUUUGAACGUCACAACUAUGCCUUUGAAGUCCCCAUUCAAAGUGCAAGGUCACAGAGUCUUGAAGAACAUCAUUAGAGACGCUGCUCCCUUAAUAAGUAUGGCAGGGAGCCCACAAGAGAGCUCCUGGGUGUCUGUGCGUGAUGGUUCUUCCGGGAUGGGCCCACAGCUUUCACUGGAUUCAAGGGGCUCCCUCUCCCAGAGAGGGGGUGAAACAGUGUAGCCCAAAGGGGAGAGCUGAGCCAGGAUUACACUGUUCCUCCAGGCCACUGCACUGCCUCCCUCCGCAUCAGUAUGUCACCAUAGACCUGUCAGUAUGUCACCUUGGUCUCCUUGCCAAAGCCGUAUCUUCCAGACACUUUGCCUGAUGCUCCCACAUGCUGCCACCAGGGGGCAGCAGUGCCUGGCUGGUGCCAGACUUGGGAGUGGGUUCAGGCCAGCCUCUGCAGAACAAGGGUCCGAAUUCUGAAAUGGUUGGUCUUUAUUAUGCCAUCAGAAAACAAAUGUGCUGGUUAAGUUAUUCAUCAUUAUCUUCUUAGUAACAAAAUAAAGCACUAUCUAUGUUUA